AUGAUGAUUGCCCCUUUUUUGUUUAACGCAGGAGGGAGCACUACAUUUUGUUUUUCCUCGGAUGAAAGCGAAAGCGGCGAGAAGGCAGCCCCCCCCACGUUACUGCCAAUCGUGGGCAAACCGCUAACGACUGGUGACCAUCAGAAACAUAACUGCAGUGGAAGGGACCCCCACGUGUGCAGCGACCAAGUGGGGGACAGCGAGUGGGGCGGCAAUAACAACGACUAUGCUGACGGGGGUGGUCGUGCCAGAGGGGGGAACCCCAACGAAGGCGGCAGUCACCCUCAAGAAGUUAAUAACAACCGCAGUGGUGGUGAUAACCCCAAUGGUAGUAGUCACCAGGGAGGCGACCAAGGAGAUAGGGAUGACCGAGAUGGGAAUGACAAUAAUGAGGAGCAGAGAGGAGGCUUCCCAGAGGAGGAGGAGGAAGAAGAGAAUGAUUUGAUGGAAACUCCAAAUGGGAAAACGAAAAAGAAGAGAAAAAAAAAAUUAAACGACAAAAGUAGGAACAUUAAUAAAGCCACCAGUGGAAGGAAGGGCAGAAAAAAAAUGGAAGCCCUAAGUGACAUGCAGGACGAGAGUAACUUUGCAGCAGGCAACUACGGAAGUGUGCGUGGCGUGAAACAGCUGAGCAAUUAUGGAGGGAUGAAUAGCGUUGGGGGUAUGAACAGCAUGGGGGGCAUGCACAACGGCUCCUUCCUUUAUAACAACCAUAUGCCAGAUAAAAUUAUGCAUGAUGGGAUGGGCAAGCUGAAUAUGAAGUCGGGGGGAGGGUACCCCAGUAGGAUGGGUGGCGAUGCGAGCUAUCAGAUGGGAGGAGGCCCCAUGGGUGGCCCGAUGGGCGGCCAUGUUGGGGGCCACAUCGGCGGGCACGGCAGCGGGCACAGCGGCGGCAAUGCGGUCGGCCAGAUGCACAACGGGAACUUUAACAUGUAUAUGAGUAACCGCGGGGGCAUGCCGUACGUGCCGCCUUACGCCAACCCUAACGGCCCCAUUGGCCUCAGCAUGAACAGCGGGGUGGGAGGGUCGAUGAACGGCUCUCUGGGUAACCACGCGAAUGGCAGCGGCCAGGCUGCUAGCAGUUCGAUGCAGGGCCAGAUGAAUCACAUGAAUAGCGGCUUCAGAAAAAGCGUGAUGAAGAACAGCUGCAGUCAGAUGAAUCGAAUGAUGACCAAUCCGCUUAGUCCACACCUAGGGAACAGCGGCGUAGGCAAUAAUAUGGGUACUUAUGGGAUGGACUUUAACCAGCAAAAGGGAAACGUAGUGAAUGGGCACGUGAGCAGUAAGGUGAAUUUCCACGUGAAUGGUCAGAUGGGAGUAGGAAGCGGGGUGCACACUGGAAUGAACAACGGAGGGAAUAACAGCUUUGCACAUCCCUCGAGCAACCACGUGGGAGGUGUGCCGAAUAGCCUGGCCAGUUCGGUAAGCAGCAGCGCCAACAUGCACAUGGAGGGUUCGAAUGCAACUGGAAGCAACCAUAAGAAGGGACACGUGAAUCUACACCAGGGAGGAAGCAAGAUGAGCACGAGUUCGCUGAAUAACCAAUUGGGGGGUCUCCCGGGCGGCAAGCCGGGGGCGCACAUGAAUGGGCUUAUGCAUGGUCCGGGGAGUGGCCACAUGGCCAACCAGAUGGGCGGCCAACUUUUGAGCCAAACGAGCGGUCAACUUCUUAGCCAAACGAGCGGUCAACUUCUUAGCCAAACGAGUGGGCCACUUCUAAGCCAAACGAGUGGGCCACUUCUUAACCAAACGAGCGGCCACCUGGGCAAAGCGCUCCCCGGUGCAGUAGGCAUGAACAAGUUGAGCAGCGGAAAAAACGGCAAAAGCGGAAAUGGAAGUUUGAGCAUGAACAGUCAGGUGAUGAACCAAAUGGCUAGCUACGUGAGCCCCAACAUGGGUCGAAAUUCGAUGGCCAAAAAUAUGAUGAGUGUAAAUGCAGCUGACGGGGUUAGCAGCGGCAAAAUGAAGGACACACCAAUGAACAGCAGUGCGUAUAGGAGCAGCAGCCUUUUGAGGGACUCCCUGAUGGGCAGCAACAAGGCGGGCCCAGGUGGCUCGAUGAAGAGUGAGAUGAUGAAGAGCGAAAUGAUGAAGAGCGAAAUGAUGAAGAACGAGAUGAGGAAUAACAACAGUUAUAUGAUCGGCAUGAUGAACGACAAUCUGGUCAGCAUGAACCUGGGGCUGGGGGCGCAUGGCAGCUUCCCCCCCAUGAAUGGCCUCCCCAUGUGCAGCAACGGAAGCGCCAUGAAAAUUGCAGGCGAGAGGUACCCCAUGAAUAAGAUGCCCCCCAACAGUGGCAGCGGAGUAGGAGGCAGCGGCAACGUCGGCAUGAUGAUGAUGAUGAACAGGGAGAUGAACAGGGAGAUGAACAGGGAGAUGAACAGGGAGAUGCACAGAGAGAUGAACAGAGAGAUGAACGAAAUGGGUGCCACCCCCCCCGGGGUGAUCAGCUACGCAAGUGGUAGCAACUAUGCAAGUGGUGGCAACUACGCAAGUGGCAACACCUAUGUAAAUGGCAACACCUAUGCAAGUGGCAACAACUUUGCAAAUAAAAAUAUCAAAGGGGUGAAGAUGGAGAGCGGCUACCCCUUUGAGCAGAUGAACUUGAGGGGUGACCAUCUGCACCACGUGGAGGCUCACCAGGCGAACAUGGGCCACAUGCACAUGGGUGUCAGCGCCAAUGUGAAUGCGAAUGCGAAUGCCCAUGUGAGUAAUGCCAAGAUGUAUCUGAGCAAUGUGUCGCUAGCGAGUGAAAAGUUGAGCGGCGGGAAUUUCCUGCAGGGAGAAGGUAACAACCACAUGUAUGCAUAUGCAAGUGGGUUAGGCGGCACAUGCGGAGGUGGUGUGCGUGAGCGUGGCGGCGAUAUGGGCGGAGUGGGGAAUGCCUUUCCCCGUGGAAAUGCCAUUCCCCGAGAAACUGCAAACGAUGUGGGGAGCGCGAGUGGCCAUCAAAACGUCACAACCACUAAUAACAAGAAAAAGAACAAAAACAACUUGAAAAAUGGAAGGGAAGACGAAUUGAAUAGCAGCCAGAAUUUAAGAAGUGUUAAAAUUAACUGGAGCAAAUAUGAUAGCAUAUUUAAAAAAAUAAAAUUAGAAAAGGACUACGAAAAGUUUAUCCAAACAGAUGAGGAGGAGGGGAAGAGGAAGAAAAAAAACAUGUCAGAUGCAGACACAGAUACAGAUACAGAGGACAAAUCAGAUUGGGAUCAGAACCCACAACCAGAAUUUAAUGACCUUUUGAAUAUUAACUUUAGGUCCUUCAUCCAGGAUUACAAUGAUGUGCUUAAUAAGCUAAAUUCCAUCCGAGUAAAUGAUAAAAAUGGUUUUAAAAAUAAUGUCUACACACAAUUGUAUGAGGAGAUCUUCCUAAACAUAGAACGUUUUUUUGACAUUUCCCAACUGAGACAUGAAAAUAAUUUUACGUAUUCGAAUUUUUACAAGAAUACCCUUGAUCGAGUUAGAGGAGGAGAUGUACUGCUCACCAAUGGGAGUGGCAGCGAUUGCUACGACGGAGGGGGAGUCACUUCCACCGAGGUAGUGGUAGUAACCCCUGCUGCAGCAUCGGCGACUGCUUCGAGUGUGGCCCAGCAGACUGGAAAGGCGAAGUCCAGCAGAGGAGCAAGCUCACAAGGUAAGGACCUUCAGAAGGGGGACCAGGACGAUGCAGAUGGGAUUACAAACAAAGGCAAGACGAAUUUCUUCCAAAGUGUGUCCCGCACCGCGCGGAACAAUUCCCUGUUCGAAAUGUUGCUAAAGAAAAAAAAAGAGUUUGACGAGAUUUGCGCGCUGCAUAACUUCGACUGGGCGCCGACGGGUGGGGAGUGCGGCAUGAGUGCGGCGGCCACCCACAAAAAUGCCGCCUCAACCGACAAAAAUGCUGCCUCUGCUGAUAAGAACUUCACUUCCAACAGUUGGCAGGGCUCCCCUGGGAAAAGUAGGAUAGCCACGCCAGACUACCGGAGCGCGGCCGCCCCCCACGUGGGCAGCACCGUGCGGCACGCACACGAGAGCAACCCGGGGGCGAGCAAAAAGGGAGGGAGCGAAAUAAAAAACGCAGCGUACCAAAACCACUUCAUCGAAAAGAUACUCUCCAAGAGGUACAGGACCUACUCCAUUAACGAAUUUGUGAAUGUGCAGCUGAAUGAAAACCUGCUGGAGCUCAUCGACAUGUAUAAGCAGAACCUCUGUUUUAACAUCCGCAAGAUGUUGAAGAAAAGAAUCAGCCACCAGAAAAAGAGACGCUUCGAUUGGCAUUAUGGCGCAAAAGGGAAGAGGAGAAUCAGCAAGAAGACGCGAAAAGGGAAGAAAAGGGAAUUACUCAGGGGCAGGAAAAAAAAAAGGAGAAAAAUACUACGAGAGGGUAAGGAGUUCCCCAACAGGAUGGUGAAGCUGGAGGGGAACAUAAAAAACGGUGAUAGGUCGGCAGGGGGAGAAGAGGGGCUGGCUGCCCACUUGGGAGAUGACCACCCCGUUGUGGAAGCGAAGGACGCGUCGGGGGGAAAUCCAGACAAACCGCUUUUUUUCUUCUCAUCUGGGAAUUUAAAGAGGAAAAAGAAAACCGACCAGGACGAUUCUGCAGAUGUGGGGGGAAGGCCGGACGCUGAGGAUUUGCCCCCGGGGGGGAAGGAUGCCGGUGGGGAGGCAGCCCCGAACGGAGAGGCAGCCAUGAACGGAGAGGCAGCCAUGAACGGAGAGGCAGCCAUGAACGGAGAGGCCCCCCCGAGUGAGAACCCCGAGGGCGGGAUCCACCAAAUGGUGAGCAAGCUAUCCUUCGGGCUGUUCAAAGCGAAGGUGAAGUCCCCCCAGAGGAGCGAAGGGGAAAUGAAAAACAAGAGCGACAGCACGGUCGACCACUGUACGAUGGAAAACCACGGGGAUGUCAGCCUCUACAUAGAGAAGAAAGUCACGCAGGAGGGAUCGCAGCGAAGGGGUGGAGGCCCCAAGCACACUUCACCACUUAACCGGACCAAUCUCUCCAUCAGCAGAAUGCAAAAAAGAUUACUGGAAGAAAGCCGAAAGAGCAAACUGAAGAAGCGAAAGAAAAUGAUCAACCUGAAAUACAAAACGAAUGCCAUCAUCGAUUUUGGAGACAAAAUCGUCUGGGUGUCCUUCGAAUUUAACCACCUGGACAGUUUCAGGAAGCUCAAAAAUAAUUUCCUCAGUUUUUACAAUUUGAGCCAAAUUGAGAAAAUGAAAGGGACGCAGAUGAACUGGGAGAAGUGCAUGACCAGCGAAAUGAGGAAAUAUAAAAAUGUGAAAAUUAAAUUUUAUAAAUUCCUCAGCUACUACGAUUUUGUUUUUCUGAAGAACCGCCUGAACUUCAUCAAAAUUAAGUAUAAGAAUGGGGGGGUGAAUACGUUAAGCGGUGGAGCCAAGAUGUCAAGUGGGGGAGCGAAUACGUUAAGCGGUGGAGCCAAGAUGUCAAGUGGGGGAGCGAAUACGUUAAGCGGUGGAGCCAAGAUGUCAAGUGGGGGAGCGAAUACGUUAAGCGGUGGAGCCAAGAUGUCAAGUGGGGGAGCGAAUACGUUAAGCGGUGGAGCCAAGAUGUCAAGUGGGGGAGCGAAUACGUUAAGCGGUGGAGCCAAGAUGUCAAGUGGGGGAGCGAAUACGUUAAGCGGUGGAGUGAAAAUUGCCAGAGAGGAGACCUCCCCAGGUAGUCCCUUCCCCAGGCUGGCCGACACUCAGGGGGAACGCCCAGCUGAGACCCCCCCCGAGGGAGUAGCCCUCAAUGAGAGUACCAGCGGCGCCACCGCGAAUGACCCACCUCUGGGGAAGGUCGAAUGCGGGGCGGUAGAAAACAGAGACAAGAGUGAUAGCUCCCCUCAGGAGGGACCUACUAAGGGUAAGGACCUCGCGGAGGGUGGCGGUCUGCUGAGCGGUUACCAUGCCAGUGGCGAGUUCGUCCCGAAGAAUAACCCGCAGGCGGGUGUAGCCUCCGUUGAGGAGGGACCCACAAAGGGAGGGGAACAGAACAGCGGAGGCGGCCCCCCCGUUUUGCAGAGCGAAGGGGCAGCCCCGCACACGCAGCAUGAACAGAAGCAACUACAGCAGCAGGAACAGCCGCAGCCGCAGCAGCAGCUAGGGGGGCCCCCCGCACAGGAGGGACUGACCCCCCCCUUGCCUGGCCCCUCCAUCUUUGCCAAAAGUGAACACCCCAAGAGCGAAGUAAUUUACCCCUACCUGCCCUUCGCCAAAAGGACCGACGGAGAUAUUAGCCAGCUCCUAAGCGACGUGAAGAACCUGUGCAUCCAGCCCAACGACCAAAUGAUCAAAAGGAAUAGGCUAAGAAAGGACAUAACGCUCUUCCCCCUGAUUGACAAGAAGAGGCUUAACACCUACAUCCGUCUCGAUUUGAAUGCAGCUGCGAGGAAGGAAGAAGCGGUCGCGGGAGAAGCUGGCGUGGGAGAAACCACCAACGGGCAUGCAGUGGAGAAGGAAAUGAACAUCCUUAAUAAAUUUUUGAAUACCAGUUUGAAGCUGGAAAAAAUGGAAUUUGGCAAAGUGGGGCAAGGAGUAACCGGGUCGGCGGGUGGAGCGAGUGGAGCGGCGGGAGCAGUGGGCUCUUCAGUCACCGCCGUUACCGCCGCUAACGCCGCUACCGCCGCCAUCCCUCCUGGGGGAGGAAUCGUGGAACCGUAUGAGCAUCCCAGAAGCAACCACGUGCAUGGGGAAAAGUACAGCGGAGCGAAUUCUGUCCUCAUUGACAAUUGCGUCUGGUCGAAUAACCCCUCCCUCUUCAGCGUCUUCGAAAAAUAUUAUUUGCUCUUAAAAAUGCAAAAGUAUAUUUUGCAAUAUAGGCACUUCUCUAAGAAUAGCAUUAAGAAGAAGCUAAGCUCCGAGUCCAAUUGCGAUGUGUAUUCGAGCUCUAACUCUUUGAAUUGUUCCUCCACGGGGAACGUUAGGGGGAGAAGGAGGUAUGGCAAGGGGGGCAAGGGUGCCAAGAGGGGUGCAUGUCCUAGGGUCUCUUCCAAAGGGGGAAGACGUGGGUCGGGUGCGGUGACGACAUCCGCGAAUGAGGCGACGCCAGGGGGUGCCUUUACUGUGAAGAGGAGGAGAAAGGCCGGAGUGGCUGGCAGUCAGUUGGGCAAAGAUUCAACCGCGUCACCUGGUGCUGCGCGGAUGGGCAGCGGGGAAAGGAGUGAGCAGUUGGGGGUUACCGCUUAUGUGAAGGGGGAAGCGGGGGGGGCACAGACGUUUGUGGAGGCUACCCACAAUGAAGGGGAUGGCCCCCCCGUUGGGAAGGGAACCCUCGGAGGGGGAGAAGUGCCCCCCGAGCAGGCUGGUUCGUUCUACCCCGCGGUGAAGAACGAAGUGGAGGAAGAAGUGAAUACACUGAGGAGAAGCCCCUUCCCCGAUGGGGCGAGCGUGUCAGGUGAAGGGGCAGCCGCGCAAGAUGCCCGCAUGGCGACCGAACUGGGCGUCCUUCGCACGUGUCGAAGCGGGAGCAACAGGAGCGGGAGUGUCCGGAGCUCGCUCCAGAGGGGGGCGCCCAAGAGGGAGGUGAGCUUCCAGGAGGGGGAGGCAAACCGAGAUGCAAACGGAGAUGCAAACCGAGACGUAUGCCGCGACUUCGGUCGAGAUGUACAUCCCUGCUCGGAGGGGGAGGCCGAGCCCGACACGGAGCCCGACUUCGAUGACGGAAGCGGGAAGAAGCGGAGGGGGAGGAAGAAGGGCAAAAAGAGGGGCCGGAAAAAAGGAGGGAGAAAUAAAAACAAGUUGGAAGAGGAUAAACUGAGGGAUGGUGAAACGAACAAAAAAAUUUGGAGAAAGCAAAACGGAGAGAGUGAGAAGCAUCCCCUGGACGACACCAAACAGUUUGCAAAUGUACCCAACAAUGAAGAGUUGAUGGACGAAAUGGAAAAGGAAAUUCUAGCCAAUGAGGUCAUACCAAUCGAUAAAGACAUCAUAAUCGAUUUGCUAUGUGAAGAGGAGAAGCUAAUAGAAAGCUACAUAAAGAACUCCAAAUUUGUUGAUAAAAAUUUAAUUUGCUUUUUAAUUUAUUUGAAUACUGUGCAGAAGAGACUGAGUUGCAUCUCCAACAGGCUGCUGAGGAAGGUCAUUCGGGAAAAUAAAAUGCCCCUAAAGAUUAGCGAAAAUGUCACGAGAAGUGAUGAGAUAACAUAUAGGUACCUCAUGUUUGAGCGGUGGAACCAGUUGAGGUACUCCCUCUUCUAUAACAUCAAUUAUGUUAGAAGUGGAGGGAGCGGGGUGAUGCUCCAUGAAGGGGCCCAAUCGGGUGCUUCCAAAAAUGCCAACAUACACACCAUUUUUGAUUUACAUAAAUUUUCGGGGAAAUAUAAGAAGCAGAAGUUACCCCCCUUUGAGUAUAGCAUAUUUCUUAAAUAUAAAAUUCACAAGCACAGUAAAUCGUGUGCAGUGGGGGAGGAUGGCGAGUGCCCCCUAGGGGGGAGACGCUCACAAGGGGGGGAAGAAGAAGCUGAAGAUGAAGAGGCUAUGUUCAUAAAUAAUGAGGAGAACUUCUGUGGCUUUUCAAAUAACACCGAUUUGAAUAUAACCCCUGUGCUCUCCUACUGCUGCGUCUGCUUUAAUGAUGACUAUAACAGCACGCAGAUUAGCGAGCAGGGGGAGCCCGUCCCGAAUGUGUCAAGGAACAACUCCAUUUCGAAUUCGGCCGCCGACCUGAAGAGUGAGAGUUUGGAGAAAGCGCAGAAAGGGGGUGGGGGCAGGAGUAGGUCCAACUCGAAGAGGGAGGAGGUGCUGCCCCCUGGGGCGUCGGAGCAGAACGGGGGUGAAAAGGGCUCCCCGGAGGUGCCCCCCACACGGGAGGGCAACUUAGGCGGCGGGUUGGGAAGCGGCCUUGGCGUAAGCCAGGUUGGCGGCCCCCCCGGGGCGUGCGAGAAAAAAAUCAACAGCAUCUGCAGCGGCACGGACAUCGCCAUCAUCGAAAAGAACGUCAAGAGCAACCGCAACCUCAUGAUGCGCUGUGGGAGGUGCUACAUGCACGUGCACAAGUUUUGCUACAUCUCGACCAAGAAGACGGAAGAAAGUAGCUCCACCUACGCCCAGGCCACCACGCCCAUCACAUCCAACGAGUGGCUCUGUCAGAGGUGCGAAUUUGAGAAGAAGGCCCUGGGCAAUAAUUACCUGUACCUAUUUGAUAACCACGUCAAAUGCUACAUCUGCAUCGAAAGAGGAGGGGCCUUCAUCCAGCUGAGCAGCGACAUUUUCAUUCACACCUUCUGCGCCAUGUUCUGCGUGCCGGACCUGCUCGUCAAUGCGAAUGUGAAUUUGGAGCAUUUGGAGGAGUUUCUGAGGCUGAACAAUUUGUCCCUCACGCAGGAGGUGCUGUCCUCCUUGGAGCGGAAGCGCCGAAGGGUGUUGCUGAGGGGCGGUCCGAGGGAGACGCGGUUGGCUGAGACGCGGUUGGGAAAUGAAGCUAAUGAGGCCAAGGGGGCAACGCUGGGUGGACCCCCCUGCCUGACGGAUCCAUCGGCCGAAUCGCUCCCCCACCCCAGUGCCACCGCUCCCCCCGUGAAUAACCUCCCACACGUGGCAAACCGCGAAGAGGAGAAGACCGCCGAAUCGGAACAUUUCGGGAAGAGUGAAGACGCAGGGGAGGGGGGAAGGAAUGCCCCCCUGGAGCACUCGAAGGGGCACGCGCCUAGCGGAGCAGCUGAUCGUGGAGCUUCCAAUCCCGAGGGGGACUCCGAACAUCGGCACAGAAACAAAUCGAUAAAAUCAAUUUUUUCGAAGAAUUACCUCUCGAGUGCGACGAGUGGUGGUGCCAAGGGGGCGGACUUCCCCCCGUUUGAGCAGAAGGAGGAUAAGAAGAAGAGGGGGAGCGAAAACGCUAGCCAGAUUGACAAUUUGAAAAAAAAAAAAAAAAAAAAAACCGCGGCGGGGGAUGCUGAUAGGGAGGUGAAUGGCGUGGUGAGCGGCGUGAUGAGUAGCGCGGUGAGCGGCGUGGUGAGCGGCGCGGUGGAACCGGGUGGAGACGGGGGAAGAGGUACCCUCGGUGAGGACAAGGGGGAGGGCAGCUCCCGUGCGAAUCACCGCGAGGGGGAUGACUCCAGUAGAAGCUUCCUCCACCACAGUAAAGACACAGACCCUUCGCAAGGAAAAACCGCCACCGUGCGAGUACCACCUGGGGAGAACUACCCACCGGAUGGGUACUCCUCCUCCGCGUCGUCGUCCUCUACCCUCACGGCGUCUUCCAUUCGAUCCGACUCGACGUUAUCCCACCGUAAUGAUGCCACGAAUGGAGUGGUGAGGGGUAAUCCCCCCGAUGGGGAGUCCGCAUUAAACCCAUCGCUGAAAAAACACAGAGAGAAGCACUUCCCCUCGAAGGUUUCAUCGUGCAGCCCGUACCUACUCAACGGAUACGCCGAGGAGAAGGUGCGUUGCGACGUCUGUCUGAAGAGCAAAGGGUUAUUUAUCAAAUGUGAAAGCAUAAAAUGUCAGAAGUAUGUCCACCCGCUGUGUGCCUACAUGUGUGGGUUAUACAUCAAGUGCAAAAAUUCAAAUAAAAAAUUUUUAAAGUUCCAAAACAAAAUAGAUUACUGCUUCCCUCGCAUUUUCUUCUUCACCAAGUGCAUCUUCCAUUCGAUAAAGAAAUGUGGCGUCAUCAGAAUUUAUGAUGAGAUUAUUAAGAGGAGGACCAAGUACCUCAAUCGGGAUUUGUACCCAAGCAUUUACGAAAGCAAUAAAAAGGAGAGGAAGCAGAAAAAUUCUGUCAAAUAUAAAAUUAGGAACAAUUGUAGUAAUAUUAAGAAAGGGGGAAGUGGCACAGGGGGGGUAGGCAAUGGCCCGACAGCCAUUGCUACCAUUGCAGCAGUUGCAGGGGGGGUUGGAGGAGUGCCCGGAGGAGGAACUGGAGAUGUGUAUGAAGUCCUUGCCUUCAAUUUUAACUACCUAGAUUCCUAUCAGUACAAUUUCUUCCUCCUCCCAUCGAUCGAUUAUAUAAAAAAUGACAUUUGCCUGGUUUGCUUUACGUCCUACAAGAAGAAGAAGCUGCUCUACUGCAAGUACUGCAACAUGUGCGUGCAUAAGAGCUGCUACCUAGUCGAUUCAACCUACCUGGAGUACCACUUUUAUCGGAAGAAUAAAAGGACGCACACGUUUCUAAUGCAUAGCAAGCAGCAGAAGGUGAAGAAUUUGCUGGGUAAAGUGAGGGAGAAGAAGGAGGCGCUUCUAAACAUUCUGCUGGAGGAGAACAGCCACUACGCGUAUGAUGAUGUGUCUCUGGGGGGGGUACUCACCGCAGUUGUGAAGAAGGAGGACUUAACCUAUGGGAGGGUUGCCCCCCACCAGGAGGUGGAGCUCCCUCCGCGGGGAGAAGCAAAGAGGGGUGAUCUCCCCAGUGGACACUCAAGGGAAGCCCCCCCAGGUGUUGGAUCGGCGGAGCACUCGAGGGAACCCCCGCACUUCGGCACAGUCACCAGCACCGACAAAGAAAUAGAAAGCUCCAAACUGUUUAAAGAGUUGAUGCAAAACGAAGUUAUCAACUGUUUGUACGCACCUGAGUAUUUCCAAAGCGCAGACAUUAUUAAUAAGUUGAAGGAAUUUAAAAAGAAGCAGAAGUUCUACCCCCUAAGUGAUCAUGGCAAGUACCGCUGCGAAGAGGAGAAGUGUCUGACCGACUUGGAUGACGUAGAGGAGAGGAAAUUAUUCGUAUGCGAUUUAUGUGCAAACAAUUACAGUCAUGAUAAUGUAAAUUGCAUCCUCUGCAGUCGAAGGGGAGGUGCCAUCAAAUUAAUUAAAGUAAAUGAUUAUACAAAGGUAGAUAAGAGUAAGAACAAAAAGAAUGCCUUUUUUAAACCGGAAAAGGACUUUGUUUUUGUGCAUAUGCAAUGUGCCUUGUAUGCUCCGCAAAUUAUUAUACAAGAUAUUGGGGAGGAAUACUACCAGAUUUUUAAUUAUGAUAAUUUUUCUACGCAUGACUAUGAUGAGGUGGCCCAGAUGAAAGAGAAGGAUUUCAAAUCCGACACGGAGAUGUGCGUUUUGAAUAACGAGUGUGAGUAUGAUGAGAAGCAGAGCCUGUUGGGGGAGUUCUUUUACCGGCAUGCGGCCGGGCCCACUGCGAGCAAGGUCAGGCCCGGCCGCAGGAUCGCCGCAAGGAAGAGCAUCGGAGUGGUCAGCGGAUCGGUCAGCGGAUCGGUCAGCGGAUCGGUCAGCGGAGCCGUUGCCGCUCCAAGCAGUAUGGCCCCUCUGGGGGCUUCCGUAAGUACCCUUGUCUCCGCGCCGCCCAACCCCGCCGGGGGAAACGCCCAAAUAAAGGCGGAAGCGAACGCGGGGGGUGGCUUGCACGGGGAAGCGGUGCCCCCCGCUAGCUGCAGUGUAGGGCAGGCGGACGGGCUUGGCAACCCCGGUGGGGGGGAAGGCGACGCCAAGGUGAGGAAGAAGCUCAGUUUUGACGUGGCGGGGGGAGGGGCGGACGGAGUGAGGGAAGAAGUGAGGAAUCUAUCGCAAUGUGGGCCGCAAAACUCACCGCUUAUCGCGCCUCUCAACGCGCCGCUCAACUCGCACCUGGUUAAGAAGGAGCUGGAGGAGCAGCCCGCCGAGGCGCCCCACCUGAUGAGCGGGGCCCCAAGCGGAGGCGCGCCGCACUGCCCCCUCGCCACCGCGAAUAGCAACAUAAUUCUAAACAAAAUGGACAGGUACGGAAGGAGACUCAAAAAAGGAAAAGAAAUUUUAUCUUACAGCAAGUCGAGCAGCAUGAUGGGGGACCCCAAUAAGAGGCUCAUCGUCACAUCCUCCACACACGUAGGAUUUUCAAACAAAAAAACUACCAAUCUGUAUUACUAUAAUUUUAAUAGAAAGAAGAAUAAUUAUAAAAUAUUAAUUAAAGAUAAAUUAAAAAAACAUUUAAAUAAAAACGUCUGCUACAUUUGUAACCUCACUUAUGGCUACACACAAAAGUGCGUGGAGAGUAACUGCAAUCAUUACUUUCACAUUUCCUGUGCGAAAAUACACAAGCUCUUUUUCGAAUUUGAUUACUCCUUUUUUAAAAUUUACCCAAAUGUGACUAGCAUGGAGAUGUCCAAGCUAUCAAACUGUUCCGUGGGAACUAUCAUUUUUUGUGAAGUGCACUCCAGGAUGAGGAGGAAGGUGAAGCCAUCAAUUAAAUUAUUUUCUAAAUUGAGGUCCUUUUUAGAACUCGCCCGGAUUAUCGUAGGGCAGAUGAAGAAGAGGGAGGAUAUAAAGAAUGCCUGGAUAAAGGAAAAGCACAAGAGGGACAUUACAUGUGAUGAGCAUAUGGGGGAUGGAGAUGAGCAGGAGGAGGGGGACGACCCGGAGGAGGGAGACGACCAGGAGGAGGGAGACGAUGGGGACAAUUCCAUUUCCGCUUCCGAUGGGGACGACUCGGAUGACAAUUACUUCUCCGAAGAGGAGGAGGAGGAGGAGGAGGAGGAGUGCAGCCUGCUGAGUGGGAGCGUCAAGGGGGUGAGGAAGAGCGUGCUGAAGAGGAAUGUGCUGUAUGGGAAGCGCGGUGGAGAGGGAGAGGUAGACGCAGAGGCAGAAGCAGAGGCAGAAGCAGAGGCAGAGGCAGAGGCAGAGGCAGAGGACGAUGGGUUGGGCGACACGGCUUCCCUUCGAAUGUACAGCAGCCAGUUCGGCGACGGCGGCACUGGGGGCGAUCGCCGAAGCAGCCUGCGCAGUGACGCCCUGGGGAUGAUGCAUGACAGCGCCCCCUGCAGCAGUGACCACAUUGGCAGGCGCAGCAGCAGCAGUCGCGCGGGUGGAGCGGAAGGAAGCAGCGGGGGCAGCAGCAGUAGAAGUGGUCUAAGCCGUCUAAGCUGUCGAAGCCGCCGAAGCAGCAAUGUUAAGAGGCGCGGCGGGAAACCCACGUCGAACCACCACCACGCGAGGAAAGCAGGCGCCCCAACUGUGGAGAGCCAACUCCAAAUGAGGGGCGUCGCUAAUCAGGAUACCCUUGGCAAUCACCAUACGUUCAGUGCGCGAAGAGAGUCUGCGGAAGUGCCAAAUGGGGAGAGGAGCAAAGAGACCGGAAGAGCUCACAGGAAUUAUCCCAUGAGGGGGGAAGUGAAAGACCCGAGGGAUGACAUGUACGAAGCGGACAGUGAUAAGGACGAGGACUACGUGCCGGAGGAAGAAGACGAGGAUAGUUAGCCACGCGGGAGAAGUGCACGAAAAGGUCGAAGCUUUUCCAAGUCAGCAGGGAAACAUAUAGCUGGCGUGGCCCUCCCCCCCAAAGAAAAAAGGGGGCCUAUUCCCAUGUGCUAACCGCUGCGCCGUUUUACUGAUUACCCCCCUGCGUGUGCACAGGGUAAGGGGCGAGUCUGCUAACGGUUCGCCCAUAAGACCCAGUUGUGAAGCGUCCCUCCCCGCACCCUUUUCAUGUGCAUCCCGUGAUGCACCGCGUAGCAACACUCCCUUUUUUUUAUUUACACGAUUAACCCUCCGUACCACUUGCUCAUUUUAACCCCCGGACGGAUGACCGCGAAGGUGGGGUCACAUCAACUUGGAUUUUCCCCACAAAUUUCACC